CGUGAUGUCACGGAAGUGAGGUCACUGAUAAGGGUGGGGUAACAACCAAACCGGAAGUUUCCGGGCCACGGUGAAGGUAAGUUUAAUGACCCAGGGAAUCCCUUCGAUAUCGAGAUUAUUCAUGUAUCAGACUAAUAAAUGUUACUAAUUGUUAUGAGAUUUUGUAUUUGACAUUCUUAUUAAAUAAAACCAGAAUGUAUUGGUGAAAUGAUGUUUGUGGUUUCCCUUUGAAUCGUUUUUAACAUCUCCCACUUUACAAAGCACAGUAGGUCUUCAAAUGCAGGAAGGAUGCAUGUUAAGGUUUGCCGUAUUCCCAUACACGGUUAUCUAGUUUAUUAAACACGGUCUAAUUGGAAUAUUAAUUGCUCACAGGUGCCUGUUCUUUACAAAUAUUGUUGCUGUGAAUUAAAUGACUCCAUUUUGGCCAUCUGAAAUAUGGCUGUUGCAUAAUAAUUGUUUUUGCUUUAAUAAAUAUAUACUACAGGACACGUGACUUUUGAUGUUUAAUUUUUGGGAGUCUUAAAUAGAGUUCAUUUAAGUGGAUGACAAAUAGAUGUUAAUAAACAUGAGGGUGGGGUGAGGCUCGGUAUUCGUGAUUGGAAGGUGACCUUUUCAUAUCACGGGACCAGCAAACUGAUGCCACCGUUGGACCCCCGAGCAAAGCCCAGGGGUGCUGUAUGCUGGCUGACCCUCUGCUGUGACUCCCACGCCUACUCUCACCUCUGUAUGUGUCUGUGUGUCCCAUGGAAUGCGAGAUCUAUUCUCAAAAUUAAAAUGAAGCAAAAUAUUAACUAUAAAAUAGUCCUGCCUAAAUUGUAUAUAUCCUGUCUCCAUUUUUACUUUAUUUUCUAGACAAAUCUUAACUCAGGUGGCCCCCCCUAGCAAUAAAAAUCAUGGUUAUUUCACUUAGACAGCGCAGAUAAUAUGUGGGUUCUAUGGAACUGCCUUGUCUGCCUAUAGCUAAAUGCAGACCUUCUAUAUUAAUAUGUGCGGCUUAUCAGGCGCUUGUAUGGGGCGCCGUUUGUAAAGGUACAUUACAACAUUUCUGUACUUGCCACUUUUUCAACAUUUAGUGCAAUUUUCUGACAUUUAGCUAGGAGUCAAUGGUGUGGAUCAUCAGGUUUUUUUGCUCUCUAGAUUAUGUUCAAAAUUGUUUAUCAUAUGUAAAUAUAAAUGGGAUGUUUAUACAUAAAUAUUAAAUGUAAAUAUGAAUGUUAAAUAUAAAUGUUAAAUGUUCAUAUAUCUCAAUGUUAAAUGUAAAACUUAAAUGUUAAAUAUAAAUGUUAAAUGCAAAAAAAAUCUGAUGAUCCACAACACCGUUGACUUCUAUCUAAAUGUCAGAAAAUUGCACUAAAUGUUGAAACAGAAAUGUUUAGUACCUUUACAAACGGCGCCCCAUAUGCUUGCCACACAUUUUUUAGAUUGCUGGGCAAAAUUCAAACCGAAAAAAUGUUUUAGCACAAAGAGCACACAACGUGUGAUUAUGUGAUUUUUUGGGGGAGUAAUAUAUAAACUAACAGAAAGUAAAGUAAAACUAGCUUAUUUUACAGGAUGUCCGUGAUUCACACGAUACAGGUAUUUACCCCAUAAUAUAGUGCGGAGAGGACUGGUUAAAUCAGCGGCUCUUUCGCCUGCGGUGUCCCACCUUCGCCGAGCGGCUGUAACGUCAUCUCUGCUGGAUGGGAUGGGCUGGGCUGGGCUGGGGGGGGGGGUAACACCGUUUCGAGCCGAUUAGUCUUCAGAUACACUGACCUGAGUGUAGGAGGUGCUUCUUAAACGCAAUGGCACUCAGGAAUUGCUGGAGACGGCAUUGCGUUUUAACGGUGUUUUAUUUAAUAUCUUCUCCCUGGAUGUCCUGCGCUUUCCUGCGGGUUACGGCGGCCGGCGACCUUCCUCCAUGCACCGAGACGGAGUACUAUUUUGAGUACACAGAGUGUGACAGCACGGGCUCGCGCUGGAGAGUGGCCAUCCCUCGCAAAGAAGGCACAUGCAGUGGCCUCCCCGACCCCACCCGCGGGACACAGUGUGGCUUCUCCUGCAAGGCCGGUGAGUUCCUGGAAAUGUCGACCCAGCAGUGCACAAGGUGCGCACCCGGGACCUUCUCCCUGGGCAGCGGGAUCCGUUUCGAUGAGUGGGACGACAUUCCUGCUGGCUUUACCAACGUGGCCACCUACACGGAUGCCGGCCUCCAUGACGACAGCGAUGGCGAAGUCCAGACAUGCAAGAACUCCUCAUGGACCCCCCAGGGCAGCUACCUGGAGUCAAACCGAGAUGAGUGCAUGGUGUCUCUGAUCUACACCGUUCACUUGACGAAGCAGGGCUUUGUCUCCUUCGAGUACCAGCACGUGGACGGCAACAUCGUUUUUGAAUUCUUUAUCCAGAAUGACCAAUGCUUGGAAAUGGAUCGGUCUUCCGACCAGAAGUGGGUCAAACUUAGCAGUAAUGGAGACUGGGCCUCUCACACGGUUAACUUGAAAUCAGGCACCAAUAUUCUGUACUGGAGGACAACUGGAAUUCUGUUUGAUGCCAAAAUGGUGAAGCCAGUGCUGCUGAAGAACAUUCAGAUUGAAGGGGUUGCCUACAUGUCAGAGUGCUUUCAGUGCAAGCCAGGCACCUUCAGCCGCACGGCUGGCUCCUCCGUGUGUGAGCUAUGUCCCAGGAACACCUACUCCAGCAGGGGGGCCAGCUCCUGCACCGCCUGCAACCCGGAGGUGGCCUACGCCCCUGAGGGGGCCGCGGAGUGUCGAGGGAGACCCCCAUGCAGCAGGAAGGAUUACUUUGAAAUCCACACGCCAUGCGACAGCGAGGGCAAGACCCAGAUCAUGUACAAGUGGAUUGAGCCAAAGAUCUGCAUAGAGAACAUGACAGAUGCAGUAAUACUGCCCCCGUCUGGUGAGCGACAGGCAUGUCCACCCUGCAACCCUGGUUUUUACAACAAUGAGACAGGAUCCUGCUUGCCCUGCCCCCUCGAGACCUUCUCAGAUGGCACAGACGGACGCUGUCAGAGGUGCCCUGCUGGCAGAGAGCCAGUCCUUGGAUAUGAGUACAGGUGGUGGAACGUGCUCCCAUCCAACAUGAAGACCUCCUGUUUCAAUGUGGGAAACUCCGAUUGCGACCAGAUGAACGCCUGGGAGGUGGCUGGGGACCACAUUCGGAGUGGAGUAGGCAGCUUGGACAAUGAUUACCUGAUCCUGAACCUCCGCAUCCCGGGCUUCAAGCUUCCAACAUCGGUGACGGGCAGCACAGGCAAUGAGAUCAGUCACAUCACCUUUGUGUUUGAGACUGCAUGUUCUGCUAAUUGCGAGCUCUACUUCAUGAUGGACAUGAACAGGAAGAGCACCAACAUUGUGGAGUCAUGGGAGGGAAGCAAGGAGAAGCAGUCGUACACCUACAUUAUUACCCAAAAUGCCUCAAUGUCUUUCACAUGGGCCUUCCGGAGGACCAACCAGGCACUGGAUGGCAGGCAGUUUGUCGAUGAUGUUGUGAAGAUCUACGCCAUCAUGGUCACCAACGUUCUGGGUGGGGUUGCCACUUCUUGUCGUGCCUGUGCCUUGGAGUCCCAGCAGCCGGGCUCCUCCUGCAUCCCCUGUCCAGCUGGACACUACAUCGAUGUGGACACCAACCAGUGCAGGGAGUGUCCCCCCAGCACCUACCUGUCCGGACAUCAUAUUUAUGGCAAAGGAACCUGUAUUCCUUGCGGUCCAGGCAGCAAGAGCAACAAGGAGCACUCUGCUUGCUUCAGCGACUGCAGCUUCUCCCACGGGGCAGGAAAGCGGACCCUGACCUACAACUUUAGCCGGCUGGGUCCAGUGGCCUCCAUCGUGAACGGGCCCAGCUUCACGUCCAAGGGCACCAAGUACUUCCACUUUUUCAAGAUCAGCCUGUGUGGGCAGGAGGGCAGGUAUGGCGCAGUGUGCACUGACAAUGUGACAGACCUGUCCAGAAAAGACCUCCAGAAGAACUCUGGAGGGCCCUCCAAACAGGUGGAGUCUUUCAUCUGUCAGUCGACCAUCAUACCAUCAGAUGGGCGGGGCUUCAGGACAGCGCUGUCCUCACAGUCCGUCAGCCUGGCGGAUAUUUUCUUGGGGGCAACUGUGGAGAAUGCUCUCGCUGGGAUCAGCGUGAACCCGGGCCUGUUCCCCGAGAUCCCAAAGAAAGUUCCGGACGUCAACUUCUUCUACUGGUCUCCACGGGCCACGUCAUCAUGCGAGAAUGGGCGUAAUGCUGUGGUCAUGUUGCGGUGUUACCCGGAGAGCAGUGCCAGUGGAGAGCUGAGCGUGCCCAGGAAAUGUCCGGCGGGCACCUGCGAUGGCUGUACCUUUCACUUCCUGUGGGAGAGCUCUAGUGCCUGUCCGCUUUGCACAGAGAUGGACUUCCAUGAGAUAGAAGGAGCCUGCACAAAUGGCAUCCAGGAUAAACACUACGUAUGGAAUGAUCCAAAGCUCUGCACUGGGGGGGUCCAGCUCCCGGCUAAGAAGACCUCAGCCUGUGAAUCCAUCGAUUUCUGGCUGAAGGCUGGGGUUGGGAUCGGCAUCUUCAUGGGCAUCCUGCUCACCGCCAUCACCUGCUACUUCUGGAAGAAGAACAAGAAGUUGGAGUACAAGUACUCAUUUUUGGUGAGGAGCACCAACAGGCAGGGUGAAUUUCCCACUGCAGACAGCUGCGCCAUCAUGGAGGGUGAGGACAAUGAGGAUGAGUUGGUCUAUUCCAGCAAGCUGUCGCUGCUGGGCAGAUUCAGGACCAUGGUGACAAAGGAGAGCAGCGAGAAGUACGAGUGCGUCCAGCUGAAGUCAUCAGGGGAGCACGGGUGGGUGUGUGGGUAGCAGCAGGUGGAGAGCCUGGAGACCUCACGGAACCCACUGUCAGCAAGACUGGAACAGGCAGGAGCUUGACUGGAGGCCUGCUUAUUUCAUCUUCUUCGUCAAAUGAUAACAGUGGUGUUUCCCCUCCGAACUGAACUGUAUCGAACAAUUGUAACGAGAUGGAGAGCUGUCAAGCAUGACUUCCUCCUGGGAUGACAUGAUUAAAAACACAUGCUUAUUCUGGGGUCUCUCAGACCCCGGACUAUCAGUCAGGAAACCCUUGACCUAAGUCUCAGUUAGCGCCAUGAUGCUGUCGUUUGUCUCUGUGUGUCUUUGUGUUUAUUCUGAUGAGCCUUGUUCUCAAUUUGUGUUUUUAAUCUCAUCUUUAUUGUCUGUGUCUGAUGCACCGUGUUGCUCGUAACCUCACAGUCUCUCACCACUCAGUCCGGGUUAUUUUUUAUUAUAUCUAAUUUCAGAUGAAAUAAUAUGCAGUCAUUCCUCUUGCUUACUGAGAUGUGAGACUGGCACGUUCCUUUGUACAGAUGUUUAUUUUUGAACUAUUAA